AAUUUAGAAGAUGCGAAAUAAUGAAUGCAAGCCAAAAACUUAAAGAAAGGAAAUGAAUUUAAUAGCCACAUCUCAUAAAUAUAGGAAAAAGGUGGAGGAUGAAAAUUCUAGUACACACAGUAAAAAAAUGUUGGAAACAAUGUGCACAAUAAUGAAAAAAAUUUGUUGUGGGUUAUCAUGUUCAAAAAAUUACACAGAUGAUUUUACAGAACCAGUACAUGUACAAGAAUCGACACAAGAAGAUAAAAGACUCUUGCUUUUAAACUCCACUGAUACUUUAAAUAAAGCAACAGCAAUAUCUCUUGAUGAACCCGAGACAGUGAAUUAUUAUGAUACCACUAAAUACAGUGAUUUUAAGUCUGCAUCAGGAAGUGCAAAAGAAGCUGGAAGUUUCAGGUCAAUUAUUGCCACUACUGCAGAAGAGAAUUUAUUGUCAUCAAGACAGGUUGAGCAAAAUGACAAUACAGUUAAGAAGAUUGUUGAUGAAAAUGGGGAAAGAAUGAAAGUCAGCUCAACAACACAACUAUUUCAAAGUAAUGGUGAUGUUUCUGUAGUGAUGCCACCAGUAGGAACAAGUAUAGCAUUUGAAGGAUUCGCACAGACUGAAAUUCAUUUCAGUGGUGAAGCAAAAAUAACAUCAGAUGACAAAAAACUUGCUGAAACACAGGAAGGUAAAUUUGGAAUAAAAGAUUGUAGCUGUGGAAAACAGGUGAAUUUGAUUGGAGUACAUAUGAGAACAGAUGAAGCAGUGAACAGUUGUUUAGGUCUUUGCCAAUAUGCUGCUGGAUUUACACAAAAUUUUGAUGAAGAUAACACAGCUGCAAAAUAUGUUUUACCAGGGCAAAAUUUCCCUGAAAAUCAGGGUGAAAUAGGUCAAGUAAUAUUGCCAGAUCCUUCAUUCAGUGCUGAUGAGACAGAAGUUAAAAAACUUGCACAACACUUUGAUGUACAAGAUGAAAAUUCAGUGGUAGCAACAGAAUAUUCUUUGUGCACAUUUACAUUAGAAAAGGAUUCUAAGACUUUUACCAGUUCAGAUAUAAAUAGUAAACCAAAACCAACAUGUUCUGAUACGUUUAAAAUAAAGAUGCGGACAGACUUACCAGAAACAAAAUGUGAGAAGUCUCAUGAAUUAAGUCAACUAAAUGCAACUGGAAAAGAGAGAAAUUCCAAGACUGUUGAGUACUCUGAAGUCAUUUGGUUUUGUAACCAAAAAGAAACAGGUAAUUUAUGUAGACCUGAAAUAGGUGACAGUGAAAGUGACAUAAGAUUAGAUUAUUAUGAAAGGAUUAGUGAUAGUAACUGUGUUACUUAUGAAUGUAACUUUGAUGCUCUUGCUGGAGCAGACAGUAUCUAUGAGGCAGCCUUGAGAGACCGCACAGAUGAAAAGGAUAAUAGAUUGUUUGGUUAUAUUCAAGGAAAUGAAAUAAUUAAAUCAGAGAUGUCUAAAUCGGUUUGCCGUACUGCUUGUAAGCAGAAAUUUUUUCAGAAAUUGUUUGACAAUUUUAUUAAAGAUAUGAAUGGUGAGUUCAGUACUUUACAAGAACAGAAGGAAAAAGUAAGCAUCACAAAUGAGAAUGCAAGAGAGUUUUUGUCUGAAGAUAUUCAAGAGGACUUUAAUUUAAACAGAAUUGCUUUUCAAGAAACAAGUAUUAAAAAUGACAUAAACACAGUAGUUAAUAAAAAAAGUAUUACAGCUGAAAAGAAGAUGCUAACACAUAGAAAGGAGAUGACCAGACACAGGCAAGAAACCUCAGUGUUAGAAGUGGAUUCAGUGGACAAUGGUCAUUAUUUGUAUCCCUCAGUGCAGACUGUAGAAAACAGGAACGGUAUGCUGGAAUGUAGUAUAUAUUGCAAGCAUAGAAAAUCAACAUUACCAAAUGAAGAACUGUCUUACAGUUUGGUUGACUCUGGCCUAGGCUCUUUGUCAGCCUCGCGAAAGAACUCUUCCAGUUUUAUAAAUAAGGGCAAUACAUCCUUUACAGACUUGUACUUGGAAUUAGAUGUACAUAAGCAUGGUACUUAUGUAAGUAAAGAGCUACAGACCAGAAAGAAUGUAAAAAGAAGAAAAGGAGGCUUUAAGAUAUGUAGGCAGAUAGUUAAAAAGAAAUCCAUGAUUAAAAAGAUGAAAAAAUAUUUGAACCAGUAUUUAGCAAAUGCAGGAAGAAGACUUGCAAAAUCUAUUGCUCGAGAAAUACAUAUAGAGCCAAGGUCGUAUUUAGUAUUUGUUUUAGGCCCUCCAUACUUCGAUAUAAUAAACAAUGGACCACCUCCACCACUACAAGAGAGGAUGCGGUACGAAUGGUUCAGACUUGCCACCUUUCACAACUAUACAGGAAAUGGAAAUUCCUUGGCUCUUGCGGGGAAUGGAUUUUGGCAUGACCACACUCGGGGACCUACAUCUACAAGAUGUUACCUUUGUGAUGCUUGUCACUCUAGCUUGGAAAUGUUUGAUGACAUUAAUGCUGAACACAGACGACAGUCUCCAAAUUGUCCCUUCCAUGAGAAUAGUGGACAAGAACCUGUAAACAUACCAAUAUCAUCUGGGUACAAUGAAGGUGGGGCAUCAGUACAGACAAGAACAUCAGGUUCUACUGUUACCGCUGCUUAUACCUCUGUAACUGCAAGUUCGUUUAUUAGAUCCAGUGAUGCAGCAGUCAAUGAGACCAUAAGAAGUCUGCAGAGUGGCCAAGCUUUAAGUAGUGCAGGAGAAAAUGUUCCCCAGCAGCGAACUGAAGAUCCAGAAAGCAGAGAUUUUCCUUUAUCAGAACAACAUACACAGCAAGCCCUUAGGCACACAGGACUCGCGUGCAGUAAUGUUACAGGAAGUGCAGGAAAUGGCAAGUACAGUUUAGUCUGUCAGAAUUUUAUCCAAAUUCUGUCACAAAUUGGGAAUAAUGGAUGGCUUUUAUUUACUUGACAGUUUUCUAAAACUAUACUCUUUAGGUCAGGUCUACUGUUGAUUAA